AUGAAAUCAAUUCUUGCAUUAAAGGCCGAGAAUUUUGACAAUGGCUACACAACAGAAAAGUCCAAGAAAAAAAAAAUAAAAGUAAACAAGUUGAAUCAGCAUUCGCCGAGUUGUUCGUCAUUGUUUGCCUCCAUGUGCCAGCAGUUUCAGAGUAUUAUGUUGCAUGUACGCUGUCUGCAGUUGUUUGUGAAGAAUUACCGUGACCACUCCGGAAUGUACUAUGACUUGGUUGUGAAGAAUAUUGACGAUGAACAUCGAUCAUACGACCCUGCCCACAAUAGCACAAAGGAGCUUCCAUAUUAA